AUGACCGAGAGCAUCCUCCCGUACGUGCUCUGCGUGAGCUUUCCAUUGGCGUUGUCGCUUGUCUCGGCUGUGCCCAACCGCUGUCUGCCGUGGCGUCUCGACGCGCCGGCUCCGAUCACGCGGCCGACGGAGCCCAAUAUGACGGACGAGGACGAGUACAACUACUACUUGAGUCAGCACACGCGCGUUCAAAAGCGCGAGAACGCCGUCUUCAACGAGAUGAGCAAGCACUCGGCCUCGAUCGGUCUUGUUCUCUUUGUCCCAAUGCUGCUCGAGUGGCACGCCAUCGUCGUCGUCCUCACCGUCGUCUGCGUUGGCGUCCACAGUCGCCUGUUCAUGACCCUCGACAGCGCGCGCCGCACGCUUGCGCUCGAGCGACUGCUCUGGGUCGCUGCUAACGCCCGCGUCCGCCACUUUCUUGAGCAUGAGACGCCCUUAAUUUCGCUGAGAUGCCAUUAA